AUGGCUUGGUGGCAUGAUCUACCUAAUGAGCUUAAGAACCAGAUUUGGGGCCAUCUCCUCAAAUGCGGCAGCGAAGAGAACCAUCCAUUAGCCCCGUACGCUUCCAUCUCUUCCGAAUGGCAGAAAAUCAUCGAACCCUUUGUCUUUAAAGAGAUAUACAUCUCCCUCCAUUCUCAAAAGUCCAGCCCUAGCCGACGAAAGGUUCUUCAAGCCCGCGAUAUUCUUAGCAAACCACGCCAGAAACUUCUCAAGCGACUCCGUGUCAACAUCGACUAUGAUGCCACCAAGACGUCCAAAGGCUAUAGAAGGGCGUUUGCAGAGGUUGUGAUCUCCUUGUUCGACUUGUUGCAGACCUGGAAGGCGGGAGAUGCCAACAUCAGCCUCGAAAUUUUCGAAGUUCGGCCCUGCGGGCCCCCACUGCUCACGUACGGGGGAGAGCUCUUGCAGCAGCAAAAGUGGUCAAUCGGUUGCGUGCGGUCGCUCCGCAUCGUGAAACCACAAUCUUACAUUUCCCGCAGUACUGGGCCCGAGCUUGCCGACCUUAUUUUGACUGGGCUUGCGCCUGGUCUGGAAACAUUGGAGUACAACUACGAAAUCGGUUGCCGGCCUGGAUAUAAGCACAAGCUCUGCCUGGUCACGGAUUGGCAAAUUACUCCGGUGGAAGUAAAGUCGCUCACUAUCCGAGAAUCUUGCGACCAGAGCAACUUGAACACGCAACAGGAUUGGAUCGAAUAUAUUCGCACGCAUCAGGGCAUUCCUGAGCAACUAUUUCAACAGAGCCGCAAGUUGAAGAGCCUAUGCGUCUCGUUCGCCAUCGACGCGACUGACUUCUUUUCUCACAUGAUGGACCAGCCCGAGAACGAUCGCUUAUCCCCGCAGGACAGCGUCACUGGCCCUGAUUGGCCUGAACUACAGCUCAUCAGCCUGACGUCUCAUUCUAUCUGGGACAAGGCACCCGAGAUGACAAACAAGCUCCUGUUGUCAGCCGCUAAAGCUGCCCGACGGAUGCCAAAGUUGAGAGUGAUGGAACUCUGGAACGCCCGGGAGCAAUACAUUAUCUCGGCGGGCUGUUUCCGUUACUCCAUUGAGAAAGAUGGGACCCCAAGAUUCACAUGGGAAAGUACAUGGGACUUCGAGAUUGAGGAAGCGACAAAGGCGGCGUGGAUCGAUGCCGCCAAGUCACAUUCUUCUCAUGGCCUGAUUUUCGAAGUGCGAAAAAUUCCUGCUGAGCUACCGUGGCUCUUCUCACCUGCCAGGGCUCAUGCGAAAGUGUUUUCCUCCCGGAAUACCUCUCAGUUUUUGGCUGGUUCAAGCACAGAAAACAGCUUGGGUCUGCACGUGGCUGAUCUAGGAUUGAGUUAG